AUGGACGAUUUCGACAUGCUCAACUCGCCGGCUGCUGGGAACGGUGUCGGCUCAGACGAGGACCCCGCUGCGGCGUUUUUGGCCCAACAGGAGAGCGAAAUUGCGGGGAUUGAAAAUGACGAAGGCUUCAGCAUCCUGGACAGCGGAGAAGUCCCUUCGUCGCUGACAGAUUCCAACGAUGGUGCUGUCAAUGGAGAGUUCCAUGGGGAAAGCAAUGGCCCAUCUGAUGCCUAUGCAGCAAUUUCCAACGCGGACCGCCUGCAAGCAGAACCUGAAAGCCUUCGCAAAUGGAGGGAGGAGCAAAGAGAGAGACUGGAGAUGCUUGAUGAUAACUCUCGCAAGCAGGAGUCUGAGUGGAAGAACAAGGCCAAGGUAGAGCUGGAAGAUUGGCAUGCCAGGCAAAACGAACAACUGGAGAAAACCAAAGCCAAUAACAGGGUGCUGGAUGAAGACUUCUACAAGCAGCCCUUCUCUGAACUCAUUGGUUAUGUCACACACAUUAACCAUCCUUGCUACCGCCUAGACCAGGCGGCCGAAGAGGCCAUGAUUUCCGACAUGGACGAGAACAAUCCCGGUACGGAAUGGGAGAGAGUGGCACGCCUUUGCGACUUCAACCCCAAAUCCAGCAAGCAGGCCAAAGACGUGUCCCGCAUGCGUUCUGUUCUGAUCUCCCUCAAGCAGUCGCCGCUCGUCCGCUAG